UGUGUGUGUGUGUGUGCGCGUGUUAUUGAUUAAUCCCUGCUGUCUCUGAAGCUCAAGAAGGAAAAUGAAAACUAAAAUACACAACCCCCCCAUGAAUAUGAAUGAUAAAUGAUAAUGAUAAAAUAGAAGACUAGCCACUGGACAGAGAGAGAGAGAGAGAGACGCUUUUGCUCGUCGUCAUAAGCUGCAAUGCUGAUUUGUGCCACCGAUUUGAGAAGUGUUGAGGUGAUUUUUAUACGCGGCGGCUGGUCGGCGAAGGGUUGAGAACGUAGCCCGUCGCGGGGUCACGGGGUCACGGCCGACCGACACCGUCACGACUGUCCUCGAACAAACCCGAUUUGGUGCAUUGCAACAAAAGUGGCAAUCACAAAUGGUUCACACACAAGACGAACGAGGGAGAGAAGAACAGAGAUUUCCUACCGCCUACUUCGUGUCCCCGGCGAAGCGGAGUAUUUUAAUUAUUGCAGCUCCGCGGAGGCUUCGUUUCAAAGUGCUGAAGCCAAACAAGUUGCUGGUCUCGUGGAGGGAGCCCAAAGGCGACUUUGACAGCUACCUGUUCCUCUACAAAACUCUACCAGGUGGCCAUCAGAGGGAGAUCAUCACAUCGAAAAGCGACAGUAAAGUCUUGAUCGCAGACUACGAGCCAUCCAAGGACUACGUUGUCAGAGUAAUUGCUGUCGGCGGCAGCACUCAGAGCAGAGCGCUCCUUGGCAGAUUUAAAGCUGUUGAAAGGGGGGAGGAGGAUGUUGGAGGCAGAACGGAGCCGCAACGUCUGACCGACUCAUUCGUUUUGCCCGAAGACGUCAACGAGAUCUACGGAGCGGACCAGUUCGUGUGCCACACUGAAUCCGUAGCAGACAUCGUGAUCCUGGUCGACGGCUCUUGGAGUAUCGGUCGGCUCAACUUCCGGCUGGUCCGCGUGUUCUUGGAAAACCUGGUCAACGCUUUUGACGUUGGCAUUGAUAAGACCAGGAUAGGUCUGGUUCAGUAUAGUGGCGAUCCCAGGAUGGAGUGGAAUCUCAACGCUUUCACCAAUAAAGAAGCUGUCAUUGACGCUGUCAAGAACCUUCCUUACAAAGGAGGAAACACUCUCACGGGGCUGGCACUGUCCUAUAUCUUGGAGAACUGUUUCAAGCCUCAAUCCGGCGCCCGUGCUGGCGUACCUAAGAUCGGGGUCCUCAUUACUGACGGGAAGUCUCAAGAUGAUGUUACGCCGCCUGCGGAAAGCCUGCAUAAAGCCGGAGUUGAGCUCUUCGCCAUCGGUGUCAAGAAUGCUGAUGAGAACGAGCUGCGCUCCAUCGCCUCGGAGCCGGAUGACUCUCAUGUAUAUAAUGUCGCUGACUUCAGUGUGAUGAGCUCCAUUGUGGAAGGAUUGACCAGAACGGUGUGUGAACAAGUGGAGCAGCAAGACAAGGACAUUAAGGAGCAGCAGCCACCGGAGGUUAUUAGACCACCGUCGGGCUUGGUGACAUCAGAGGUCACGGCCAGGAGCUUUCGGGUCACGUGGCGCCACUCGCCCGGAAAUGUGGAGAAAUACAGAGUGGUAUUUUCCCCAGUUCAUGGAGGACAACCGCAGGAGGCUGUCGUCGACGGCCGCGACACCUCCGUGGUGUUGCGCCACCUCGACUCGCAGACCAAAUACCGGCUGUCCGUGUUUGCCGCCAACCAAAAUGAGGCCAGUGAACCGGCGACAGGAUAUGAAACAACCCUGGCUCUUCCCUCCGUGACGGCCCUCCAGCUGCUUGAUGCGACUCACAACAGCAUGAGAGCGAGAUGGGACAGCGUGAAGGGAGCGUCCGGCUACAUGUUGCUUUUUACACCGCUUACCGACGAUGGAGGCUUAGUUGAGAAGGAGGUGAAAGUGUCAGAAGCGGUGACGGAACUGGAGCUGGACGGUCUGGUCCCCCGCACCGAGUACAGCGUCAGUGUUUAUGCAAUGUAUGGCGAGGAGGCCAGCGACCCCAUUACAAACCAGGAAACUACUUUACCACUUAGCGCGCCCGGUAACCUCCAGUUCUCUGACAUCAGCCACAACUCGGCCCGCAUCGGCUGGGACCCCUCGGCCGCCGGAGCAGCUGGCUACCGUAUCACGUGGGUCAAGACGGACGGGCGGCUCACCGAGGAGGUGGAAGUUGGGCCUGUGCGGUCUUACGUCCUCAGCGGACUGACAUCUCUGACCGAGUACUCGGUGGCUGUCUUCGCCCUGUACGAUGAAGGCCAAUCGGAACCGCUCACCGAUGGAUUCACAACCACUCCUGUUCCAGGUCCUCUCCAUCUCCGUUCCAGCGAUGUCAGUCCAGACAGUUUUCGGGUCAGCUGGGAUCACUCAGCAGAUGACAUCGUGGUCUACAGAGUCUCCUGGGCGCCGCUCGCAGGAGGCGACGCGAAGCAGGUGGUCCUCAGUGGAAGCACUGACAGGUACACUUUGGCAGACCUGAAACCUUCCACUGCGUACGAAGUUAUGGUGACGGCAGUCUUCAAAGACCAGUCCGAGAGCGACGCCGUGUCCGUCACAGAAAUCACACUGGCCAAGACGACCACCACGACGACGGCCGCCACAACCUCCGCCCCCCGCCGAGCGCUGAGAAAGCUUCUCGUGAACGACGAGACCACGCAGAGCCUGCGGGCGUCUUGGGAGCUGGACGACCCCCUCGUGGACAGCUACAGGGUGUCCUACGCCAGCCUCGGAGCCCGUCGCACAGACAAGACCGUGUUCGUUCCCGGCGGGCAAAAAAGCGCGCUGCUGGACUCGCUACUUCCUGACACGGAGUACAACGUAACUGUCACACCGAUUUACGGUUACAGGGACGUCGGCGUCAGCGUGUCCACGCGGGGGACGACACUGGCGCUCUUGCCUCCCGAGAACCUUCGCGUGUCCGAGGAGUGGUACAACCGCUUCAGGGUCACCUGGGACCCUCCGCCAUCCGCUGCUGCGGCUUUCAAGAUCUUUUACCGGCCUGUUGAUGUCCCAGGGAGGGUUUCGGAGAUGAGCGCCGGUGAAGACGUCAACUCGCUUCUCCUCCUGAAUCUGCAAAGCGGGACAGAGUACGACGUUCAAGUGACGGCUUCCUACCCGGCAGGACAAAGUCAACCGCUGCUUUCGAAGGCUAAAACACUGUUCUUGGGGGUCUCGGGCUUGACGGUCUCGCAGCUGCGCCACAACAGCUUGUGCGUGGAAUGGCAGCCUCAUCUGCACGCGACACAUUACAGAAUCUCCAUCCAGUCCACGCUCAACAGUCAGCGACAGGAAGUGAGCCAAGGAGGCGGGGCUUCUCGGCAGUGCUUCUACGACCUUUUCCCGAGCAGCCAGUACGAGAUCAGCAUUCGCUCGCUGAUGCAGGAAAUGGAAGGCCCCGCCGUCACCGUCACCGGGAUGACGCUGCCAGCGCCCACGCAGGCUCCGACGGAGCCCCCUCCCACGGAACCCCCUCCCACCAUCCCGCCUGCCAAAGAAGUCUGCAAAGAGGCCAAGGCGGACCUGGCGUUCCUGGUCGACGGUUCUUGGUCCAUCGGCGACGACAACUUCAUGAAGAUCACCAAGUUCCUGUACAGCACCAUUGGAUCGCUGGAUCAAAUCGGGCCCGACGGCACCCAGGUGGCCAUUUGCCAGUUCAGUGACGACGCUCGGACAGAGGUCGAGUUGAGUUCCCAUGGCAACAAAGAAGCACUGCUGGAAGCCAUUCAGAGAAUCAAAUACAAGGGAGGCAACACAAAGACAGGUCGAGCCAUCAAGCAUGUGAAGGAGUCCAUUUUCAACUCUGAUGCCGGAGCCAGGAGGGGGGUACCCAAAGUUCUGGUCGUCCUCACUGACGGCCGUUCGCAGGACGACGUCAAUAAAGUGUCCAAGGAAAUGCAGAUGGAAGGGUACAUCAUCUUUGCAAUCGGCUUUGCGGAUGCAGAUUACGGCGAACUCGUCAACAUCGCCAGCAAGCCCGGCGACAGGCACGUCUUCUUCGUGGACGAUUUGGAUGCGGUGAAGAAAAUCGAGGAGCACCUCAUUACCUUCGUCUGCGAGGCAGCCACUGCCACUUGUCCGUCAAUUCUGAUGAGUGGGGGCAGCGUGGCAGGUUUUCACAUGAUGGACAAGUUUGGUCUGGCGGAGAAGGAGUACAGCACCAUAUCCGGAGUUUCUCUGGAGCCGGGCUCGUUCAACAGCUUCCCCUGUUAUAGGCUGCAUCGGGAUGCUCUGGUGUCGCAGCCCACCAAGUUCCUCCACCCUGAAGGUUUGCCGUCUGACUACACCAUCUCCGUGAUGUUCCGCCUUCUUCCCGAGACUCCACACGAGCCCUUUGCAUUGUGGGAAAUCCUCGAUAAGGACAACAAGCCCUUGGUGGGACUCAUCUUGGACUACUCCGGGAAGAGUUUGACGUUCUUCAACUACGACUACAAAGGAGACUUUCAGACUGUCACCUUCGAAGGAACUCAGAUCAAAAAAGUUUUCCAUGGCAGUUUCCACAAGCUGCACGUGACCAUCAGUAAGACGGCAGUGACGCUGGUGUUGGACUGCGCCCUCGUCGGGGAAAAAGCCAUCGGAGCGGCCGGGAACAUCACCACGGAUGGCGUGGAGAUCCUGGGCCGCACGCUGCGGUCUCGAGGCAGACGGGACAGUUCUGCUCCGUUCCAGCUGCAGAUGUUCGAUAUCAUCUGCAGCACGUCCUGGGCGAGCAGGGACAAGUGCUGCGAACUGCCGGCUUUGCGAGUCGAGGAGGAGUGCCCGUCCAUGCCUCACGCCUGCGCCUGCGCCCAAGACAGCAAAGGACCACCGGGACCUUCCGGACCUCCCGGUGGUCCGGGGAUUCGGGGAACGCGAGGGGACAGGGGGGAACCUGGCGUGACGGGGCCGCAAGGGCCUGUGGGAGAGACCGGCCCCCCCGGACCACCCGGACCGUCAGGUCCUCAGGGACCCAGCGGCCUCUCUAUUCAAGGCCCUCAGGGGGCCGCCGGGGAGAAGGGACAUAAAGGAGACGUCGGCCCACCCGGCCCCACGGGCGUUCCUGGGAGUCAGGGCCCCCCGGGGAGGGAUGGACCCCCUGGAGCGCGGGGCCUGCCGGGUAACAGCGGACCUCAAGGUCAACAGGGGCCGCCGGGCCCGCUUGGGGCCCCGGGUGCACCUGGGGCUGCGGGCCCCAUCGGGUCAGCGGGACCUCAAGGGGAACAAGGACCUUCGGGUCCUGCUGGUAUCAAAGGAGAUAAAGGAGAAAGAGGUGACGUGCAGUCGCAGGCAGCCGUGCGCGCGAUCGCAAGACAAGUGUGUGAGCAGCUCAUUCAAAGCCACUUGUCUCGCUACAACUCCAUCCUGAACCAAAUCCCGGUCCAGUCGGCGCAUCCGGCGCCCGGGCCGCCCGGCGAGCCCGGAAGGAGGGGCCCCCCGGGACCCCAGGGAGAGCAAGGUCCGGCCGGCAGGCCCGGUUUCCCCGGAGCCAACGGGCAGAGCGGACGGCCAGGAGAGAGAGGUGUUGCAGGGGAGAAGGGUGAGAGGGGGAGCCCGGGUGUUGGGAGCCAAGGACCAAGGGGCCCCCCAGGACCACCCGGCUUACCGGGCGAGGGGCGCACUGGCAGUCAAGGACCCGUCGGGCGGCCCGGGGACCCGGGGGCUCCGGGGAGGCCGGGCAAUCCGGGUCCCCCCGGACCGACCGGUCCGGCGGGCUACUGCGACCAGAACUCUUGUUUGGGGUACAACGUUGGAGUCCAAACUUUGCCACACGGCGGCUAUCGGCACUACGAUCACGGCCGCAAUCGAGCUCACCACCCGUCUGCAGUCGCGUACGGCGACGACCGCGGAGGCCGAGAUGACGAGGAAGAGGAGGAGGAGGAGGAGGAGGAGGAGGAGGAGGGAGGUGAAGCGGACCCUUAUUACUAUGGUUACCCCCCUGGGCCCUAUGGCUACGGAUCCCCUGCGGGCCCCUCCCGCUCGGAAGACGCGGAGCUACGGUCGCCGGGCGUGGUCGGGAGGUUCCCCCGAGACGUCGUCGUGGCGGAGGAGCGCCAAGGGAAGGACUCGGGUGCUUGAGUUGCCCCCCCCCCCCCCACACACACACACGAUUCAGAAGCUGUAGCAAGAUGCACCCCCCCCCCAUGCACCUGGUGAAACAAUGUAAAUAUCUUUGUGGACUCUUGUAUAAUAUUGCAAAAAGUGCCUGAUCUUUGUUUUGUUUUCAUCGAUAAGCCGAGGCGACGUAUAGAAAGCCGUCCGAGCGUUGACUCAAAAAUUGUUUUGUCCUCACUUGUAAAAAAAAAAAAUUGACCUUUCCGACUGGUGAUCUUAAGCUCCGCCCCCUCAGCCAUGUCCCUCAAGCUUCCAAAAUGGUGACUGAACACAACAGGUUUGAAGUCGAUUCUGUAUCACGUAUUGCAGAUAAUAUUGCGGUAUGUUUUUUUUUUUGCCAAAUGCGUCCGACUCGUCCAAGAGGGUUCCACAGAGAGGUCUCAACUAUUUCACGCAAGGAUAUGUACACAGAAUUCAGAUUUUGGACGGAGCAGGACUCAAUGUCAGAGUUACAGCCAAACGUUGUCGAUCGAUGUUGACGCCUCACAAACUUUAUAUUGAAAUCCAACAUGAUAAAAUAGUGGAAUAGUACUGCGCAUGUAAAGCAGGGUGAGUACUUUUCACUUGGAAAGAUCGCGUUUGACUUGGCUCGUAAUCGAACCUGGUGCUCUGUCUUAAAAGUUCGAUGUGAUACAAAUAGGCCAAUAGACAUUUCUCUUGCAUGACAUAUCGCGCUAACCCGACUCUUCGGCAUAAAACAUGACACACUUCGUUCAGCAGGUCAGUGAUACGUGAACAAAGUGAAAGUUGUUCUCCUGCAAUGUAUAAAGCGCUGAUAAUAUCAAACUCAAAGAUACGAACAUACAGCCUUGUCUUUGUCGAUAUUGUCCACAUUUAGUUCUACGUGCGCUCUUCCGUGAGCCUUAAUCCAUCGUAGACACUUCGUCAACUGUGUUUUUAGGCUUUGGAAAAUGAAUCAAGCGGCCCCCUUGGAACCUAGCCGGAUAUCUUUCAUCAGAAUUGCACAUUCCCCAAGCGCAUCUGAGGACCAUCGUCUUCGUAACAUUAACGUUUCCAAGCGCAGGCUACUGACAACCAGCAUUGCUUGUGGGACAAUGUGGCGAGAGGGGCGUGUCAAGACAAUGCGGCUAUCUGAUUGGCUAUUACUGUACGAGUGAUUGACAGGUCGGAAAGGUCCAUUGAGCGUACCGAUAGAACGGAAUAUCUCGCAUUUUGACAUUUGUUAACUUUAUAGUAGUACUGACAGCACGCAGUGUUCAAAAAGAGCGACGAAUGGCACACCGGUUGCAAACCACUUCCCUAAUCAUUGUUAAAAGUACAGGAAAUACUGUUGUUGAAAAAAUAAAUUUGAGGCCCUUGAUGUAAAACAAUCGAAUACAAAAUGGUUGACAGAGCGCAGCUGUUGCCCAGUAUUCCUUCUGCCCGUGCCACGUCGACGUAUUCUUGCUUGAUUGUGCGCCGUUCGUAACCCCGAAACGCUGCACGUUGGUGCGCUCGGAAACUGAGGACGUGAACCCGCCUGAACCCGAAAGCGAUUCAUCUGUCGUCUGCUUCUCUUCAGCCGAUAAGAGAAUGAAAAUAACCCCACGACCUGUUACCUGAACACUGUGGAAAAACAUACUUGUUGCUUUCAAUUCUGUUUUUACUGCUCCCCGUUUGGGUCGUCCGAACCCGGCAUAAAGAUGAAGACGCCAUGGCUACAUGAUGCGCUUUUUGGCUUUCUGAAGUCUUUCGAGUUCAGAACAGCAAGGUGAAAAACAUUUAAAAAAAAAAACCUUUCUCGUCAUGACUUCGACAUACAGGGAGUCCUCGGUCUACGACUGAGAUCCGUUCCGAGAGUAGCAACUUAACUCAAAUUUCGACUUGAGUCGGAUUCCAUCUUUAAAGUCAGAAUUUACAUCAAAAUGCUUUGUAUAAAAAAACUAAGACCUUGAAAUCAAUAAGUUGAUGUACGUAGCAUUACUGCUCAGAGGUGGAUGGAGGUGAAGAAGGGGAGGCUGUGCUUCGCUAUUGCCGAGGAACCUGGUCCUCAAUCCUCUCCAUCUCGACAAGUACCAAAGAACCUCGUUUUGUGAUCAUUGUAUCCGACAUAGGAACGGAACCCUUCACAUGCGCUAAAAUAUGGGAUUUGUCUUUAAUAUUUAUGACCACGGUCGACCGACUGAAGCCUUGGUGGUGUUGCCGUCUCUCCUAUCUCCAACCUUUUUAUGAUCUUGAGCUUCGUUUCCAUGGUAAUGGAUUUUCUUUUGACUGCAGAAGCAUCGCUAAAAGACACAACUUUCUUCUUUGGGGCGAUAAUGUCUCAAAAGGAGGGCGAAAAAUGCCAAGAUACUCCCAGCGCACAAACACGGACGAGCAUCAGCCAGACAAAAUGUCGGACGGGGGACGGGCGUCGUAAAGUCGAAACGUCUUGGGUCGAGACCGUCUUAACCCGAGGACUCCCUGUACUCUUGUAUGAUGAUAAAAGCCCAAGGAGUCACGAAACUCAACCAUUUAGUAAACAAAAAUCAGGAAAAAAAAAUUUGUUGAUUCACAUCAAUAGACAUCAAACAAUGAUACGACAUAUCUUUAUUAUGGUAAAUAAUGUCAACGCAGGACAUCGAUUGUCGUAAGGGUUUACGUAUUUUAUUGUUCUCAUGUUGAGCCCGGC